GAGGACAGUUCAGUGCACACUUGAGAAAGACAGACAAACAGAAAUGGCUUUCAAAACUCUGCAAGCAAGUGUCAAAGUCCUGCUCCUGCUCUCAGUCUGUUCACACUUUAUCUCAGUUAAAAUGACAGCUGCAACAUUCAUCCGAGAAAAAUGUGAGUGUGUUAAGGAGGCUGGAGCAGUGCAGUGGAGAAAAAUCACAGACUACACAAUCACUCCGAAAAAUCCUCUUUGCAACAAGGUUCAAAUCAAACUCCAGUUGUCAAAUAAAGAAGUGUGUCUAAAUCCAGAGUCCAAGCAGGGGAAAAAACUGCAGAAAUGCUGGCAAAAAAUUAACUUCAACCCACAGAGGAAGAAGGUCUGUCUGACGAUCAAGAAGAAUGCACCAAAAAGACUCAAGAAGCUUUAAUUUAACAAUUCUGUUACUGUGUGUUCUGUAUUGUAAUACAUAAUAAUUUACCUUGUCUGUUUUUUAUUUGUUCAAAUAUAUAUUAUUAUGUAGAUUAAAUUUGUAAAUACAUUUUUGUGCUGUUAUUUUCUAAUAAAACCUUAAACCUAUACGUGUUUGCAUAUUGGAUGUGACUAUAACAUAUAAUAUAACAUAUAAUAAUAAUAAUAAUAUUAAUGGGCUGCACAGUGGCACAGUGGGUAGCACGAUCGUCUCACAGCAAGAAGGUCACUGGUUCGAGUCUUGACUGGUUCAGUUGGCAUUUCUGUUUGUAGUUUGCAUGUUCUCCCGGUGUUGGCGUGGGUUUCCUCCGGGUACUACGGUUUACCCCACAGUCCAAAGACAUGCCCUAUGG